UCUAUAAAAAGGGUGCACAUGGCAAUCACAUUUUAAAACAGCGCAAACUUAAGAGUUAAGCCUAAAGGAUCCAACUUCAGACUUCACCACGCAACACCACUUCUUCUCCGUGGGCAUUAAGAAAUGAAAAUCCAAGCUUCCAAUGAGCCUGAACAAUCAGCAAUGAAGAAACAUCCAUGGAUGCUCCCGCCAAAGGCCAUCCCCCGCUUACAAAUUCCUACUGCUAGAAGUACAAAAGUUAAUGAAGAUCUGACGGUGUCACUAGUUCGUCGCAUGAAGUUGAAUUUUACCUUUGCAUGCAUUGAAGGUUUCAAUGGUGAAGGUGUGGAUGAGCUUAGUGUGAAAUUUUUUAUCUCUAAUCUUUUCCACAAUCGCCAAGUAUUUCCCAGACCUCUCAAAGUUCCAUACGAUGACAUCCAUGUUCAUAUUCUCUCCCCCUUCAAAAAGACGACUAUUGAUGAAGAUAAAGAGAUGUUUGUUUUAGCAGAUGGCUGCUUCUAUUUUAGGGAUAAAAGAUUAAUAUUUGAGCAGUUUCUUGAGGGCUUGAGGAAUUACUUACUCAAGUAUCUUAGCACUUAUACCACAUCUGGCUAUGGUUCCACCUUUCAAGUGACUCUGACCCUACCGCCUGAAGAAGAUCCAAAUCAAAUGAUGGCUGCCCUUUCAAAAAUACCUCAACCUGCUGAACCGCCAACUCUCAUUAUUAAAGGUUUGCCUCAAUGGGUUGCUGAACAACCGGCCUCAAUGCGCAUCUUUUUUGAGACUUUUGGUGUGCUGAGGGCUUUUGAUGUUGCCCAUGGUCAAGUCUCUCUUCAGUUCGAGAAUUGUUACAAAGCAUUAAGACUGUUGUUGUUGCUUUUUGUUACUGAAGAGUGUUGUACAAGGUGACACUCUUGUUGACUAUGUACUAACAUGGAAGGAAAAAAGGGCCUUGGAGGAGGAAAAAAAGUUGUCCUUUUCUCCAAUCUUAAAGAAACCACUACCGGAGCAAUCAGAUGAAAGAGAGAGAAAAUCUUUGACUAAGAAGGUAUCUGGUGAAAAUGAAUCUAAAGAUGCUUCCGUGGAUGAUCCCGUUCAAAUUCCGAAGGCCAUCCCAAACUUACAAUAUCCUCCUCCCAGAAGUGUAAAAGUUGAUGAAAAUAGAGAUAAUUCCAUAAGUGGGAGUUAAACAUGACUAAAGUGCAAAAGUAGGAGUCCUAUCCCACUUUUAGUUUGACACACGAAAAUAAAUAAUAACAGACCAAAAUACCCUUAAUGAAAAGAAAACAAAAUAACAAAUUAAAGUUAAAGUUUAGAUAACAGAGGCAGAGAAGACCACACAUGACAUAUGCUGUCAGAAUCUCCAGCACGACCACCACCAUCUCCGAUGCCAUUAGUGCCGCCACCAUCUCCGGCGCCACCGCCAUCUCCGGCGCCACCGCCAUCUCCGGCGCCACUGUCGCCGCCAUCUCCGGCGCCACUGCCGCCGCCAUCUCCGACGCCACUGCUGCCGCCAUCUCCGGUGCCACUGCCGCCGCCAUCUCCGGUGCCACUGCCGCCUCCAUCUCCGGCGCCAUUUCCGGUGCCAUCUCCGGUGCCAUUAGCGCCACCGCCAUCUCAGGAUGGAGAAGCAGCACGUUCCGCGGAAAAGAAGGUGGGGAUUGUUCAGACCCAGAGCGAUUUCUGCCAUCCACAGCAGCACCAUGUCUGAAAUGAGGCAAUUUGGGGGCGGCUCAAGUCGUCCCAGCACCUUUUCUGCGAAUGGUCUCACCAAAUCUCAUGUCGAGAGGGCUUUUGAUGUUGGCCAUGAUGAAGUCUCACUUCAGUUCGAAAAUUGUUACACAGCAUUGAAACUGGUGUGUGCAUGUUCUUUGCACUUGGUAACCACAAAUUGUUGUUGUUAUUGGUAUAUCAUCAUUAUCAUCAUAAUUUAACCACAAAUUGUUGUUGUUGUUAUUGGUAUAUCAUCAUCAUCAUAAUUUCACAAUGUGAUAAUUUCAUGAUAUAUAGUUUGUCAUUAUCCAAUUUCAUUAGAAAUAUCGGAAAUUCUUUUUCCAACUUUAUAUUCACUUUGUAUUUUGUUGUUGAUAUUCACUUUAUAUUAUCUUAUAUUUAUCUUUAUUUUUUCUAAUACAUCUGAAAUGUUUAUAUUUAUCUUUAUCUUUAUUUUAUCUUUUUGAUCUUACCUUAUCUUUUUUUUUUUCCUUUUUGACUCCGAUAUCAUGUACUAAUUGAUUAAUGUUAGCCGACCCCACGACCGUGCUUUCUUUGAGGUUGCUGAGGCAUGGGCCUCAGAGUCCCAGAAAUGGUAAAAAUUUAGGGGCCCAAAAUUUUUAAUAUCUUCCUCUUAUAUGUGUGUUUAUUUAAAUUAUAAAAGACCUGCUUUGUUUUUAAUUAUAUCGUCGCUGCACGCCUGCACUCAAAAAGGAAGAAGGACAAUUUGUCGCUGGGGCAAUCAACCAACGAAGAACAAAAAGCUGACUUUAUCCUUUUUAUGCUUAGCUUUUAAUCUUUUAAUAUUUUAUGUUUCAAUGUUAAAUUUUUCACAAAUAGCUUUUGAAAUUGCAAGUAGAGCCCGAAAGUUUAUGGGCCCAAUUAGAAUUUGUUUUGCACAAUGAAAAACUCUUUUUCGUAUCUUAAUCGGAGAUAAAUUAAAAAUUGUUCCAAGGGUUGAUUUGAGAUGCCAUUGAUUGAUUAAGAUGCAUAAUUAAACAGUUCCGGCUUUUUUUAAUCGAAAUCUAUGUUCAGAAAAUUAAGUUUAAGCUUAAUUUGGGAUGUUUAAAUGAAUAAAGAUGCAGAAUUAAACAAUUUCAGUUUUUAUAAUUUAAGAUUUUAAUCUUAAAUAGGCUAUGAUUUCUAAUUUACUAACAAAAAUGUACUCCGUAUUAUUUAGCACAUUUAUUUAACUAAUAUUAUUAUAUAUCAAAAAAAGUAAUAUUAUCACAUAAUAUAUGAUUUCAAUAAAUUAUAUUUUUAUUUAUCUGUGGAUGUACGCGAGAAGGAAUUUCAAUAUAUAUUGAAUGGAUUAACAUUUUUAUUAAUUUAGAAGGAAUUUAUUAGACAACAUGAUUUUCAUAGGUUGUACUUAUUUAGUUUUUUAAUACUUUCGGUAUUCUUAUAUUAUAUAAUGUAUGAAUUUUAUUAAAAUAGUUAUUUUGUGAUGUUUGAUCUUUAACUUCAAAACAAAUUAUACUACAUAAUAUUGCAAUUUAUAGGGGCCUUUUUUAUGAAGUUUCGACUCAGGCUUGAGUUUAGGUAGGAUCGGCACUGGCCGACCCCAAAAUCUUUUGGUAAUAAGUCUUGGACAUUGUUGUUGAUAUUCACUUUGUAUUUAUCAAUCACCACGAGUAUUAUACUACGUAUAUGGUUUAAUUUGUCAUGACACAAUUUCAUGAGACCAGUAUUUACUAUUUAAUGAUUGUGAUUGGAGUGAAUAUAGUGAUUCAAAUAAAAAUCAAAUUAACAUAUUAAGACAUUAGAACAUUUUAAAUUUUAAAAAAUUUAUAUUUUUCCAUCUUUUUUAAUAUCUGCGAUCGAGAAGCUUUUGCUUUUGGGCCUAAACUGUUUUAGGAAGACUUAUUUUUCUCUUAUUAUUAUAAGAUGAUGCAAGAUUUUUUUGUAGAGAAUAAUAAUAAGGGAAAUUCUAUUCACAGCCCCUUAUUUACUAAGUGCAACCACUUAUUUUCUAUACUUCCUAUUAUGCCCUUAAUACAAUAAUCAGCAGCCCGGUCGUGGCAUGAACGUGCAUUUCCCUUUCUUUCGCCGACAUCAGCUUUCCAUAUUUUGUAUUGAACGCAUGGAGGACCCUUUAAAACAUGUUUGAGCGUAUGUGAAUUGUUAUAACACACCCCCUAUUUUACUAAGGAUGGAAAGAAUGCCCAGUGCCCACCAAGUUCAGCCCAAGCUUCUAUCAAUAUGGAGUCGCCUCAGUCAAAGAUGGUAAGGAGUAGCAUCAAUAGACAUCAUCUCUGCCCACGAGAAGACCUUGGUCCUUAUUCGCUUCUCCACCUUCCCGCUGCUUAUCAUUCCAGAAUUUGCAUAGUCAACAUAGCUUAUCAUUGAAAUUAUUUUGAGUCUUCCCCGAAUCUCAGCUUUUUAGCUGUUGCGGGUUGAUUCAGCAGGAAGCGUAAUGAAUGGUGAGGGCUGUUCGUUGACGUCGUUAGCAGUGGCCAGCGAUAUUGUGGCGGCAUAUUCUAAUUGCAGAAUAUUUGGAAAAUAAGAGCUGGGGAUCAGAAGCGCUUGGUUGUGGGGCUUUUGCUAAAACAGGACACAUCGUUGUGAUAAAAGUGGUGAGCAGGCAGAAGAAUUUCAAAGGCGGCCAUUGGGACCACGUUAAACAGGAAUUUUCUAUUAUGCGCCGCCUGCCCAGCCCGCAUAUCAUGCGCCUCUUCAAUGUCCUAGCCACGGAGAAGAAGAUCUGAUCUAUUUACCAGGGAGGGUGUGGCCGUGUGGGCUGCGGGCUGCAGAUUAUUACAUAAGGACAUAGUAGGAAUUAUUAAAAAUACGUGGCUGUACAUAGCAAAUAAGUGAGUGCGAAUAGAAUUACCCUAAUAAUAAUAGUGAUAGAUUGAUAUUAAAUAAGUAUGGUAUUGUACAAAUAAGUAUCCUGGGUCAUGUCAUAAAAUGUGGGCUGGCCCAUUAGGAUAUAAUUACUAUAAGAAGGGAAAGAGGAGAAUAUGUGAGUUAGGCAGAAAUUAGUCUGGGAUUUGGAUCUUGGGAGUGCAGGGGACCACUCGAACUCGAAGUAUCUCCAACUAUUGUAUCUUUCUCUUUUCAGUUCAUCAAUAGCAACUUAAUCGUCUUCAAUUUACUAUCAAAUAUCUGUGUACCUAUCAUUGGUACCAAAGCGGUCAGCCCUGGGAAGCUUCAAUCGAUAUUCACGCAACAACAACAAAAUGGAGAAUCCUGCUUCUGGUUUGCGCGCAAAUAUGGAGAAUAGCACUCGAAGUUUUGAAGGCCAUGUUACGAAGAUGCAAACGAUGCUGGAGGAGAUGAUACAACAUCUGCUAAACAGCGUCGCAGGAGAACUAGAGGUCGAGCGAGGAGUCCCCUAGAUGCCGUCGGUCAACUGAAAAUCAGGGCUUUUGAUGCAUGUUGGCCACGAUGAAAUCUUACUUCAGUUCGAAAAUUGUUACACAGCGUUAAAACUGUUGUGUGCAUGUUCUCUGCACUUGGAAAGUGUUGUACACGGUAACACUCUUCAGAUCAUGUUGACUAUGUUCUCACAUGGAGGAGGAAGAAAUCUUGACCCUUUCUCCAUUCCUAAAGAAACCAUGACUGGAGCAAUCAUGUACAAAAGACGAAUUAGAGAAACAUUGAAUGUGAAUGGAGCCAUAUCAUCUACUUUCCUCGAAAUGAUCUUUGUUGUUCUAUUAUUUUGCAAUUGAUAAUGAUAAAGGGUGUCUAUUUAUUUUACUUUCAUUUCUUUUUAUGUACUGCCCUUUUAUCAGUAUGGAGUUAUUAUUUCAAGCUAUUUUAUUUCGUCUUUAUUUCUUUC